AUGCGUUUCCGACAUCCCUCCGGCGACAUUGCAAGCCUGGUUCUUGUCUACCGUGCUUACCUAAAAAUAACAAAGUCGGGCAAGAAGCAGCAGCCAGAGAACGGCUUAUCAAACGGCACCGCUGCCGGCAAAGACCACAGACUUGCAAAGAAGACCUGGUGCCGGGACAACUUCCUCAAUGCCUCGCGUCUGGCAACUGCCCUGAAAGUUCGUGCCCAACUCAAGUCAAUAGUCCACGGAUCUGGCCUGGGACAUAUGCGCUCCUGUGGUGAGGAUUUAGACAGCCUGACGCGGGCCUUCUUCGAGGUGGCGUUCAGUGACCAGGUUGCCGUGCUUGCCAGCAGAGCCGACCAGGAAAAAUCAACCCUGCCUUAUUACGACCCUCUUAAUGCCCCAAAGGCCCGGAGGCGCCAG